CCGUGUCUGCGGCUGUCAGUGUUUGGGACCUUGGAGCUUCAAAUGGAGUCGUUGAGUUACAGAAGUUAGCUAAAGCAGUACACUUAUUAGUUUAACAAGUUUAACUGGCAACACUUUUUAAUGUGAGCCACCGAAGGAAAGCAAAGCUAGCUGCCAUGACUGUAGUUAUUGGAUUUGAGGGCAGUGCCAAUAAGAUUGGCAUAGGAAUCAUCAGGGAUGGUGAAGUGCUUUCCAACCCCAGGCGGACCUACAUCACCCCCCCUGGUCAAGGAUUCUUGCCCAGUGAUACGGCCAGGCACCACCGUGCUGUCAUACUGACUGUCCUGAAGGAGGCACUGGAGCAGGCGGAGCUGAAGCCUGCAGACAUCGACUGUGUGGCAUAUACAAAAGGUCCUGGUAUGGGUGCUCCCCUGGUGACAGUGGCUCUGGUGGCUCGUACAGUCGCACAGCUUUGGGGGAAGCCGCUCCUCGGUGUCAACCACUGCAUUGGACACAUUGAGAUGGGUCGACUCAUCACACAAGCCAACAACCCUACUGUGCUUUAUGUCAGUGGAGGGAACACACAGGUUAUUGCAUACUCAGAGCGGCGGUACAGAAUAUUUGGGGAGACCAUUGACAUCGCAGUUGGCAACUGUCUGGACAGGUUCGCUAGAGUUAUAAAGAUUUCCAAUGACCCCAGUCCAGGCUACAACAUUGAGCAAAUGGCCAAAAAAGGAAGCCAGUAUGUGGAGUUGCCAUAUACAGUAAAAGGAAUGGAUGUCUCAUUUUCUGGGAUUUUAUCGUAUAUUGAGGAAGCUGCUCAUAAGAUGCUGAGCUCUGGUCAGUGUACAGCAGAGGACCUGUGUUUCUCCCUGCAGGAGACCCUUUUCUCCAUGCUGGUGGAGAUCACAGAGAGGGCCAUGGCUCACUGCGGCUCCCAAGAGGUCCUCAUAGUUGGUGGUGUUGGCUGUAACCUUCGUCUGCAGGAGAUGAUGGGGAUCAUGUGCAAAGAGAGAGGAGCCAAGCUGUUUGCCACAGAUGAACGAUUCUGCAUAGACAACGGAGCUAUGAUUGCUCAAGCCGGCUGGGAGAUGUUUAGGUCGGGUCAGGUGACGGAGCUGGAAGACUCAUGGAUUACUCAGAGGUACAGAACAGAUGAAGUGGAGGUGACGUGGCGAGACUGAGGAACAUCUUUGUGCUACAUAUUUUCUUGCAGGUCUGUUAGGACAGCUGCUAUAGUACGCCACUGAAGGGACACUUUCAACUCUGUCAAAUUUGUUUUGAUAAAUGCCUUUCUGCCUUUACUUGCAUUAGUUUACUUGCUUUAAAGUUGCAAAAGACAGCUCAACUCUUUGGGGGCUUCAAAUACUGUAGCAGUGAGAGAUGGCGUUACAUUUACAACUUCAGGGGAAUUUUGCUACCGACUAAUUUCAGUUUUUUUUUUUUUUUUUUUAAAUGGUAGCCCUUUUCUACCAAUGUCAUUAAAAUAGGAUCAUGUAAGUCAUUAGAAUGACAAACUCCUAAGUAUCUUUUUAGAGUUUCUAAUUAUUAAAGAUGCAAUUUCUAGACAAAUAAUUGAGUCUAAUGCCCUACAGGUUAAAAAGUGCUUACACAUUUCUGUUGGUCUGUAGAGGUAAGGUUUGUCAAACUCAUGAGAUCAACUUUCUGGCUCGGACCACUGCUGAGAGGAAACAUUGUGAUAGACAUUUGUGUCAAAUAAAAAAAGACUUAGAUGGAA